AUGGCGACCCCAAUAACGCAGUUCUCCCUCACGGAAGACGAGCUGGAUGAUGCUCUUGGCCUCGCCAUCCACACCGCAAACGCGGCAGCCUUCAUAAUGAACAGCGCAGUUGACGAGAGGACAAGCGGCACCCUCGAAGUGCAGACGAAGACCAACACGGCAGAUCUCGUGACGCCGUGCGAAAAACAGUGCAGGGAGGAGGUGCUGAAUAUCCUGCGCGCAGGCACUCCAUCAUAUGCUAUUCUGAGCGGGGAGAUGCAUCGAGAGGCGGUGCUCGGUGACGGCCCCACGUGGAUCGUCGGCCCGAUUGACGGGGCCAUCAGUUUUGCGCACGGUCUCUUUGACUGCUGCAUCUCCAUCGCAUUAGCCCUUCGCAAGGAGCCGGUACUGAGUGUCGUGUGUGCCCCACGCCUGCAGGAAGUCUUCACCGCCGUCAAGAACCGUGGCGCCUUCAGCAACGGCCAGCGCAUUCACGUCUCGUUGGCAACAUCGCUGAAAGAAAGCGUUGUGCUGCUCCACCAAGGCUGCAGCCGUAGCGAUGCUGCCGUGAAGAGUGUGACAGCAAUGCAGGUGGCGCUGGCAAAGCUCCCCGUGCAGGGAUUGCGGUGCAGUGGGUCGGCAGCGCUGGAUAUGUGCCUUGUCGCGGCCGGGCGAGCGGAGCUGUGCUGGGGAGUGGGCGUGAACCCGUGGGAUGUGGCGGCAGGGGUGAUUAUGGUGCGUGAGGCAGGCGGCGUUGUGCUUGACGCCGAAAGCGCCGAUACCUUCGACCUCACCCGCCGUGGCGUCUGUUGCGGCUGCUCUCUGGAUAUUACCAAACAAGGCGUCGAACUGAGUCUUAAGCAGAAUUAA